AUGGUGCUCCUCGAGGUAGCUGCCGCAACCAACGCAUCUGCGUACUUGUUUGGUGCCAUCUACUACGGCGCGCGUUUCGUGGGCCAGAUCUUGAAGGGCCCGGAGACGGAAAGCUCGGCGGAGCCGCGUGGCGUCGAGUCCACAGCAUGGAGUGCCGACCGCAUACUCGAACAAGCCCGUGCUGACGGCCUGGAAGACCACUUCAGGAACUCCUUCACAGAAGUCCACGCGGCCGAGAAAGAGAAAUGCCUGGCGCAAUUCCGCGAGGAGGAGCUUCCGGACGACCGUGAUGGACAG